GUCCUUCUUGGGAAAGAGGAAUCUCACGAAAAUUGGAAGAUUCGUAGGAACGGGAUGAUUGCUGAAGGAUUUAUGGAGAGAUUCACGGAGCGACAAGCGAUGGUGGUUCUUCAUGGAAGGUGGAUGCAUCCAACGCGUAGCGUUCGAGAAAAUCGCCAAAUGUAACGUUUUUCAAGGACAUGGCCGAUAAUUAGACUGAAUAGGCGGCGGGUACGCCAGGAAGAGGAUGGAGAUCGAGUGAUUUCGGCGAUGGACUGAUAAGUAGUUUUAGAUGUUUCGUACGAGUUUGUGUGAGAUCAAUUGCUAGUGCUACGGAAAGUGUUUUGCCGAUUUUCCUCGCUUCGAAGGAUUACGCGUUGAAGGGCCAGGUAUCUCCGUUUUGCGAGACAAUCUCUGGCAUGCGUAGUACGGGCGAGUCGGGCAUAGGGCUCGUUCCGGGACUAGCGAAGGGAUCAAAGGAGGAUCGACUGGCCGCUCUCGAGCGGUUCGAGGACCGGUGAGCACGACUCGAGGGCGAGCAACCUCCUUGCCAAAGACCAACCCUCCCGUCCGUCACUGUCGACGAACAACAGAACAGAUGUCCUGACAGUGGGCCACGGGCCACCAGGAUGCCGACAGACGACGACUAUGGCCGAAGAGAUCGUCUCCUGUUGCACCAGCACCCUAUCGCUCAGUACGGAUCCUCGUCGUCCCCGCUUCCCGGAUCGAGCGCGCCGAAUUCCGGUAGCGUGGGGACCCAGAUUGGUUCCAGCAAUCCCAGCGACUGCUUCAAGCAACAAGCGGAACAGCAGCAAUCGUCCGACUUGCGUCCGGUCACGAGUACAGCGAAUCAAUCGAGCCAAGAGCGUUAUCAAGAUCAACAGACUCAAAGCAACGAGCAUGUCGGGACCCGAAUGGUCGAUCGGCACGAGAAAUCCGCGGAGAAGUCUACGAUCGACUUCUCCAAAUGCGGAGAGGGUCGUUCGUCGGGUUGCGAGCGCUUUGGGCAUUAUCAGGCUCAGAGCGGUGAGCAUGGGAGCCGAAUCGGGGGAGAGCGAUACGAGAAGACCGUGGACAAGUCUUGUAUCGAUUAUUCCAAAUGUGGAGAAGGUGGUCGUGCGCCGAGUUGCGAGCGUUUCGGACAUUAUCAGGUCCAAAGCGAUCAGACCCAUGGCGCGCGAAUGGCCGAGCGGCACGAGAAGUCAUCCGACAAGCAAUCGAUCGAUUUCACCAAAUGCACCGUCGAUGGUCGACAAUCGAGUUGCGAGCGUUUCGGGCAUUAUCAAACUUCGACGUUCGGUCAGUCCUCCAGUUUGCAUUACAGUGCGCACGGCAGCGCCGAUCGUUUCGCGCGAUUCAACGAUCUCAGCGCGCUGCACGGCGAGCAACGGGUUUCGAGUAACGAACGUUACUCAAUCUGCAAUCCGGAGCUGCACUUUGACACAGCGGGCCCGAGCGGGCCAAGUGAAUACGCGAACGCGAACGCGCUCGUCGGACCCUUCGCCACGGAGACGUUCCCGUCGCCACCGUCGCCAGCACCAGCCAACGACCGCUUCGUCCCGCCACCGCCAUUGUCACCCAGUCCGAGCGAGAAGUAUGCCUCGAGCCAGAGCCUGGCUGGUUAUCCUGCUACUGAUCGCAUUUUGCCCCCCAAUUCUCCGGGGCCCAAGUAUGGCGCCGACAGCGCCGCUUCAGCAUCGCCGAUGCCCGCCAAGGAGCGUUUUGCCUCCACCGAGCGGCUGCUGGCCACUCAGCAAUCAGCUCCCGGCGACGCUAAGGAUCAACAACGCUACGCUGGAUCAUCUGAUCAUCGUUUGCUUUCGGGGUCUUCCCCGGUCUUGGAAGGACUUCAGACGGGACUUCAGAGCAGCGGCGUCUACGCCAAGGACUCUCGCUACGCCGCCAUUUCCGCGGACAGGAUAUUGUCCUCCUCGCCAAUACACGCUCCGGUACCAGAGAGAUUCGUCGGCAAGUCGGAAAGAUACUUGGCCGAGUCGCCCGUUCACGAUAGAUAUCCUCGACAGGAUCCGUCAGCGACAGCACAUCAUGAGCGGUAUUCGGCGAUUGCGGCGGCCACUGAGAGGUUCCUCUCGAAUUCGCCUAAUCCUGAGAGCGCGCAUCAGCGCUAUUCAUCGUCAGACCGCACGUCUCUUCAAGCCUCUUCCAGCAAUUCUGAGCAAAAUCGGCGUCUCUACACCGAUAGAGGCGUUGAGACAGUUUGUCAAAAGUAUACAGAUCGCUCCAUCGGCUCGCCGGCAUCCGCCGAUUUCGGUCGAUAUUCCGGUUUCCCGGAAGUUGGCAAUCAGACGCGAUAUGUGUCCAGCAACGAUCGCUUUAAUGAUCUCGCUCUGCAGCGCUGCAGCCAAUCGCGGUCAAUCGACAGAUUUUCCAGCGAUCGAUACCUGGCUGGAUCGUCACCCGCGCACGACGGUAGGCUGUCCGGUUCCGAGACGUCACGUUAUAUUGUCUCCUCCACCGAACGUCUGCUGGCGCCAACAUCUUCCUCGCCGUCCUCCUCUUCAGAGACCGGCACUAGAUACCACUCGCCCUAUACGACGUCUACCGGCACCCAAUCUUCGGCUUCCAACGAGCGUUUUGCGUCAAUUUCGCCGACACCGGAAGCGUCGUCGAAUGUUCAUCGCGGUGGUAACGGCAGUUAUCAGAACACAAAGAGCACCGUCGACAAAUAUUUGGUUUCGAAAUCGGUUCAAAGCGGCUACGAUCGUUACUCAGUCGGCGGCCAAAACGAUCAUCAGUUCGGACAAGAUCGAUACUUUGCCUCCAGCGGCAGUAGCGAUCGUUUUCAAGCUACUUCCGGAGCUGAGCGCUUUCACGCUCCUGCUGAUCGCUAUUCGCCAGCACGUAGCGUCACCGACAAAUAUCUGUCCCUGCCAAAGCCCAAGGACAGGUUCACCGGUCGCAUAACGCCCAUCUCCUGUGCCACAUCCGUCGUCGCAACGUCCUCCACUGACCGCACUUAUGGUUCAUCGAGUACCAGCUACGUGCCUCCGACUGCGCAUACCCCCGUUGAACGAUAUGUACCACAACCACCUCCUGAAGUGCUCUAUCCGGAUAGGUACGUGGACAGAUAUAUGCCGCCCGCGGCGCACACACCAACCGAUCGAUACGUGCCCGCGAGCGAUCCAGGCGAUCCAUAUAUGCGUCGCGACCUUGGCUUUCAUCAUCACUACCGGCUACCACCGCCCGCCGGUUAUCCGUAUCAAACGCAUUUCCGGUUUCGCGGAUUCGCAUACGCGACGUCCGGCCGAUUGGGCGGCAGUCCCGGAUCCAGCAGCUCCAGUAGCACAGCGUCUAAUCAGCGCGAGACGUUUGCCACCUCGCCAUUAUUGAGGCCCAAAGUGCGCGGAUCCGCGGUCGAGUUUGGCACUGCUGCUACCGUCACAUCUACGACAACGACCGGUGUCGGUCGUCACGUGUGCUCGAAUCCGGCCGCCUGUUGCGGAGACACGUCCGCCAAUGGUAGAGCCUGUUGCCAGAUGAGGAGAUCUCUGCCGCCUGGGACACUUCCGGCGAUACCCACGCAGACUUCUUCAUGGCAACCAUCGCCGAGUUCCGGAACAACUGGCACUUCAACGGUAUCAUCGACGACCGGCGAGGGCGACGCGACGCAGAGUAUCGGGAUGUACCCGGUGGGCGUUGCGGUUUCCUCUACCGCAACGACGGUGACGCCGGUGACGACGGCGUCGGCGACCGUGCCGUCGUCGGUUACCUCCGGCGUCUCUGUCGCUACCGGAAGUGUCAGCGGCAUCGCCAGGAGCGUCUCCGCGCCGAGCGCACCACCACGGCCGAUGGUCCAAGUCAGCAGCUCCUCGGUGAGCGCUUCGGCGGCUCAACGGCCGAGACUCAGGAGGAACCAGAGCCGCACCGAAGCUAUCCGAAAUUAUAUUAAACGCGAGACAGCGCAGUUCUUCGGAGUCGACGAGGAAUCGGAGGCUCUGGAGAAGCAGAGAUGGCUGGACCGACGACGACGCAUGGCGUCGAGGAAGUAUGGCGCGCUGCUACCGGAACACAAACCCCCGGAUCCGGAUAUCACCAGGGAUGUACCGGACACGACCGAGACACCGGAGAGUGUCACUCUCAGACGAUGGCAGCAACCGGUACGGAGGAAAGAUUCUGUGGCGAGGAUGACGCUGUCGGGUCUUCAUUACAUCGUCGAGUCAUUGACGAGGCAGCGUCCCCGCGAGCGCUCGCAAUCGCGUAUGGAAUCACGCAGCUUCCCGCCGAGCACGAUCGCAUAUCUAUCGCGGACGGAGGGGGUGUCGUAUCCUGACAGCGGCCCGGACGAGGAGCAGUCCUUCUUCGAGAGGCCCCCGCCGCCUCCGCCGCCCCUUCCGCCUCCUCCAACGACUCAACAAUCGCAGCAAACAUCACAGAUCGAUCAGGCCCCCGAUGGAUUGGUCAAGGACGAGGAAGUCGGCGCUAAGAUUGUGGAUAUGUAUGACGCCGCGCAGGAUCGCGAGGGGAUCACUUCCGAAAAUUUGGUCGGGUUCGUACAGCAAAAGGACAACAUGAUGACGAUCGACGGACAAGUUAGACGACCCCGUUCGAUCACGAGGGACCACUAUAUUUCCAGAAAGACAAGUUGGAGCAGGUCGAAGUACGAUGCGCCUCCAACGGAGGGUACGAGGUUGCCGCAGGAGGAGGGAGUGACUCUCCGCAGGGAGAUAACUGGGGCCACGAGGAUCUCCCGCAGCACGAUCGAUCGUGUCUUCGACAACAGCAAUCGGCGGAGAUACGGAAUGGGCAUUGUCGGUCGCUUCUUCGGACGAUCUUUUCGGAAAAGUGUCGCGCACAAACCAGACGUAAAGAAGCAGUUGGACGACUUCGAAGAUCACCGACCAUAUUUCACGUACUGGAUCACCACUGUGCAAGUAUUGAUUCUGAUAAUAUCGCUAGCGUGUUACGGAUUUGGUCCUGUUGGAAUGGAUCUCAAUCAUCGGUCAGGAAUGGUUCUCGUGACGAGUUUGUCGUUGCAACAAGUGGACUAUAAAGAACCUGCGAACUUCUGGCUCGGCCCUAGGGCCGCGGAUCUAAUUCAUCUUGGUGCCAAGUUCGCACCGUGUAUGCGUCGAGACAUCAAGAUUUUGAAAGAGAUUGAUGUCGGACGGGAAAGAGAACGGGAUACCGCUUGCUGCAUCAGGAACGACGAUUCCGGCUGCGUUCAAUCCAGCAAAGCGGACUGCUCUAUUCGGGGAUUGAGAUCCACUGUUACGAACACAAUCUCGACCUGGAAAAAGUGGGGACCCGGGGAGAGUGGGCCCGGCGGCCGUAUCAGUGGAUCUGUUUGCGGACUAGAUCCAAAAUUUUGCGACGCUCCGGCAAGCAUCGCCCCUUACGAGUGGCCGGAUGACAUUACCAAAUGGCCGAUUUGUCGGAAAACCAAUUCCUUUAAUCAUCGUUUCAGUAAAAACGGGAGUCAGCGGGGCAAUGGCAAUUUUCCCAUCGGCCGUUACAAGGAUAAGAUGGCGGAGCACAUGGUUUGCGAGAUAAUCGGUCAUCCGUGUUGCAUCGGGAUUCACGGGAGCUGUCGGAUCACCACGAAGGAAUACUGCGAUUUUGUGCACGGUUACUUUCACGAGGAGGCGUCACUUUGUUCGCAAGUGGAGUGUUUGCACGAUGUCUGCGGAAUGAUACCGUUCCUGCAUCCAGAAUGGCCGGAUCAGUUCUACAGACUCUUCACCACCAUGUUCCUUCAUGCCGGAAUCGUCCAUUUGGUAAUUACGUUACUGAUUCAGUAUUUUCUGAUGAGAGACUUGGAAAAGCUGACAGGAUCCUUGCGCAUUGCUUUAAUCUACUUUAUUGGUGCUCUUGCUGGAAAUUUGGCCAGUGCAAUCUUUGUCCCUUACAGGGCAGAAGUCGGUCCAGCUGGCGCGCAUUUCGCACUGCUGGCCACUCUAGUGGUCGAAGUAUUGCAUUGCUGGCCGAUGCUGAAGCACCCACGUCGUGCACUAUCUAAGCUGAUUCUGAUCUUGGUGGGAUUGUUGGCCUUGGGUAUACUGCCAUGGGUGGACAACUAUGCGCAUCUGUUUGGCUUCAUCUUCGGCUUCUUGGCGGCCUACGCGCUGAUGCCGUUUAUUUCGUUUGGCCAUUACGAUCGUAGACGGAAGAUACUGCUUAUCUGGGUAUGCCUGAUUCUGAUUGUGGGCUUGUUCGCCCUGUUACUCGCCCUCUUCUACAACGUGCCAGUGUAUGAGUGCGAGGUGUGUAAACUAUUCAAUUGCGUGCCAUUUACUCGCGACUUUUGCGCGUCUCAGAACAUCAAUUUUAAACGGGAGGAGCAAGUAUGACACACGGGGCCGCGGUUCAUAGUCGAGCGCGAAAUUGUUCCGUUCGGCCCCCGUCUUUACGCUUCUCAUCAUCGCGCACAUCAUUACAAUGCACCGUCAUUCACCGCGCUGAUUUUGGCGAUUCUCCUCCUCGAAUCCCGAAGCCAUAAAAUCAGUUGAAGCUGAUCCAAGGAUUUUUUCGUUUUAUGGAUAACCUAAGUUUGAAAUCUUUGAAAUCAUCAAAAGCCCGUAAUUACACGAAACAGAACAAAGUUUUCAGAAAAAAAUUAGAAAAUUUUUAUCUUUGGGAAAACUGAAAAAAGAAGAUAGAAGAACGAAUUCUGCAAUUUUUGCGAAAGCUAAAUGCAAAAUCGAUGAAUAUCUUGAAAUUCUGAAGAAACUGGAAGAGAAUCAAUAAAUAUUCUUCAAUAAACUUUUUUGUUAACUGAAGGAAAAAUCAAAAGAAGAAAUCUUUAAAAUGUAUCUUUAAAAAAUAUUGAAAUAAAAAUUUCUUGGAUUUUUAAAAAGUUGGAGGAAGAAAGUCUUCGAAGGAAACCGAAGAAAGUCUUUUAGAUUUUGGAUAAAGUUUGGAAGAAGAUCGAUAGAUAUUUUUUUAAUUUUUAAUCAGAAAAAUUUACAAGUAGAAGAUUUCGGCUUUCUAAAAAGAUAAAGAAAGCAUCGGAAGAAUAUUUUUUUUAUCUUUUCUCUUUGGCCUCUAGUCAAUAUUUAAUGAUCCGGAUUGUUGAGCUUUGAAGAUUAUGAAAGAUUAGUGUUGCAAUGUUGCAAAAUGCGAACUUUGAGAAUAAUCCGGCAAUUUAACAAUUGCGCUUCCACGAUGGAAUAAAUCGGAUCAUCGAGCUUUCAAAAUUUCGCAAAUAAAAUCUUUUAUCAUUAAAGUUUUGGCGUUUCUCAAACUUUGAAAAUUAAUUUGAUGAUUUUUGGAUCGUCAGUGAGAGUGAUAUCAUAGUGCAUUCGGGGGACAUGGGGGGUUUGAUAGUGCCUGGAUCGAGCGGGUGAAGGUGAUGGAACCCGACCGACAUUUUCGCUACUGCCAACGAACGUCAGAGAGGAACUCGUGUUCGUCGACACACGACGAUGCCUUAACAUUAUUAAGUCCCAGCGUAGUGAUUGGCUCCCAAUGUGAGCUGGCCGAGGCCCAGCUGGCCUUGAGGAAGCCCAGAACUCUGAGUCGCCGACGGAGUGUGUGUGUGUGUAUAUAUAUAUAUACAUGGAUCUCUUGGAUGACCUGCUGAUGAUGACGAAUAGGAUGCUCUGUGAAUCAUUUGGGAUUCUGCAAAGUUUGACAUGGUAGCAUCCAUCUCCUCAAGGUUUGUGUUAAUAAGAGAAAGAAGGAGAAGAAAGUUGCAGAUGUAAAUAGGAUCGAGUCUUGUUACCGUUAUAAGAACGACCUUAGUAAGUUAACUUUAGGGAGAACUUUGAAAGUGCACACGUCUUUCGUCUCUGCACAAUAUAGUCCCCCGCACCUCCGACAUCCGGAACUAUUGUCUGUGAUGGUUUGAUCUUGGAGAUAUUUUUCGUAGCACCGCGAUGGCCGCAAGCCUUCCUGCAGGGACGAUCGGUCGAUGUUCACCAACUGGAUACCAAUCAAUAGCUCGCUGUAAGCAAGCUUUGUCUCUCGAUUUUCGGGUGUAACUUGAUAUAUUUAUAGAAACAGGCAAAAACUUAUAGGAUACAUACUUUUCUUCUCUAGUCGAGAAAAGAACGUAUUCUUUAAUUUUGCUUUUUUCAUUAUAUUGUGUAAUAAUAUUAGUAUAGCGACACGUUAUAAACUUUACAAUAUUAAUUUUAUAUUCAAUUGAUGACAAUUUUACGUGAUAUUUUAAUAAUAUCGUUUUAAACAAAACUGGAAUAUAUUACAUUUGAUAAUGCCAAAUUUCUCUUUUUCAUGAAAUUGUAAUAUAAAAUGUAGUACAAAAUAUGGAAUGUCCGCAAUGUCGUAAAAGGCAACAGUGAGAUGUCUGAUUGGUAUCCAGAGGAUACGCUCCUUAUCGAGAAUAGAAGAAAAGGGAUAGUCCGAGGCAGAGGAGGCGGAAGGAAAGUGUUAACGAUUUAAGAUGAAACGAAUCAAUUUUUUAUAAUGGCAUGAAAGAGUGAGAGAAAGGGAAAGAGAGAAAGGAAGGCGCGAAUAUCAGAAUUCUUAAUCAAUUUCAAAGUCUGUAAAUAUAUAUUUGCGAUAAUGUGAGGGAGUAAUUAAGAGAGGCGGUGGAAAAAGCAGAUACACGACGGAUAAUAUGAGCGCGAGACUAUUUGCUGAUUUUAAUAUAGAAAACUUAUAUUUCAUAACAAUAGAAACCUUUUUUUCAUAUCUAUGUGACAUGAAUAAUUACAUUUUUUUAUCAGAAUUGAUUUCAUACAAUUAAUAUUAUUACUCUAUUUUAUACAAUUUAUUGCAAUGAUAUAUACAUCUGUGCACAUGUAAUUUUGUUACAGAAACUGUCUGAAAUUAAUCUUGCAAAUCCGUAAAAUUAUGUUUAAUUGUGAUCAGAUCAAAAUAAAUAGAAAUGCAUUAUUCGAUCAGUUACUCAAAAUUAUUUCAAAUAGCAAGAAAACAUAUUGCAAGGAAAUACAAUUUUGAACAGAAUAAUAUUCAAUAUAUAAAAUAUAUUUGCGAUUAAUUAUUAAUGAAGUUGCACUAUCGCACGUAUUUAUACAUUUUCUUCAUAUGAUAUCUUUUCCCGUGUAUAUACGUAUUUAUUAUUUUUUUAUCAAUUAUUUUAAACAAUUCUUGCCGACACAAUCGCUAUUUAGUCUUUUAAAAAUAGUUCAACAGAAUGAAUAAUAUUUAUGGCCACAUUUCGUGAUUUGCAUACGAAAAUUUAAACGAUUAUAUUACGAAUAUACCAGCACACAUAUACGUGCGGGAUGCAAUGUAGCUUUACGGAAAAUGCCAAUUGCAAGCGUAUCACAUACCGAUUAUAAUUAACAUAGCUCGCAUUUAAUCCAAACUGUGCAUUUUAAAAACUUUGUGAUAUACGAUCUGAUGAUUGCAUGAAGGAAGAAGAGAGGAGAAAGAAGCUCUGUAAUAAUGCGUGCGCGUAUUGGAGUGAUCCACCGCCCUAUUAUAAACUUUUUUUCGAAUUAUAUAUAUAUAUAUAUAUAUAUAUAUAUAUAUAUAUAUAUAUAUAUAAAUAUUAAACGUAUACAUAUGCGAGUUAAGGCGAAUCGUCGAUGAUGAGCAACGUAUUGUUAUUAUUGUAAAUGUGUCAUAUACAGAUAAUAGCAUGCAACAAACACACGAUACACGCAAACAGUAUACACGAACGUACGAACAAUCGUAUAUACACAUACAUGUAUACACGAAGGAGAUAGAUAAAUUGAGAACUUUCGAUAAUUCCAUACCGAUCACGGCGAGGUGGAAUGUCUCGCCUUCUCUUGUGAAAGCGAAAGAGUGUUUGUGUGUGUGUGUGUUGUGUAUAUGCGUGCGUGAGAGGGAAAUAGAGAGAAAGUAAAUAAAUGAGAGAGAAAAAGAGAGGAAGGGAAAAGAAAAGCCGUUUUCAUCUCGGUUAUGGUUGUUGUAGCCAAAAAUUGCGGGCGAUUUGCGCGAUCGAACAUAUUUUGCAUAAUUAAUUUGAUGUAGUUUACGGUUGUGUAACAUGAAAUUUUUGAUGGAAGUCAUUACAUGAAUUGUUUCAGGAA